ACCAAUCAAAGCAGAGGUGGGCGGGUCUCCAUUGUUACUACAGAUAACUCGGGAGAAGUUUGCACCACCACUGUAGCUGCUGCACCACCUCAUAUAUGAGUCUCCACGCUCAAUGAAUAACAGCCGCGGCCCGCGCGAGAACACACACACGAGCCUGACUAUGCCGAGAUAAAGAAGAGCGUCUCUCCGUCUCCCUAUAAUGGCAUGCCAUGGUGAUGGUGCUGGUUCCCCCGCGCAGCAGGAGCACUUCCCGGACAAAGUGAUGCCCCUGAGGGCAGCAGCAGCAGCAGCUCCCUGCACGUGUAACACUAACAAGAAGUGCACCAGGAGCAGUCGGAGCAGCAGUGCCGUCUUCCUGGGAUUAUUCCUGCUGUCCUUGUCUCUGCACGCUGUCACCCUCGUCUGCUAUUUGGACCUGCGCUCCGAAGUCAAACGGGAGAUUAUCCACCAGAAGCGGGACUCAAUAUUGACACUAGCGGGCAGUGACCUGGCUGACCCGGCGGCGGUGCUCUCCUCACCCGGACACCCGAGACCGGACUCCGGCAGCAGCCGCAGCGCAGAGGAGCACGAGGAGAAGUUACUACACAGACAUAGCGAAUUCCACGCCACAGAGGACCACAGGGGCAUAACUCAGCGGGCGAAAAGAAGUCCCGGCAGGCAGACAGAAACAGAACCAACUGGAAGGGAAAGAAGGAAAGAGAAGAAAAAAGGGAAAAAAAGGUCUGUGCCGGGCCCCCCUGGUCCCCCUGGUCCCCCGGGCCCACAGGGGCCGCCGGGCAUCCCUGGAAUCCCCGGUAUUCCAGGAAGCAAUGCUGUGGGGCCCGCUGGACCCCCUGGACCCCCCGGGCCACAGGGACCUCCGGGCACUCAAGGUCCAGCAGGGGUUCCCGAUAAGACGAAAACAAAAGAAUUCCAGCCUGCAGUGGUUCACUUGCAAGGGCAGGAAACAACCAUCCAAGUGAGAGAAGAUCUGUCUGAAGGCAUCCUUAGGAACUGGAAGAUGGUGUCCAUCCAUCACCGCGUGUUUAAAAUGCACUCUCGCUCUGGAGAGCUGGAGGUGCUGCUGGACGGUGUCUACUUCAUAUAUAGUCAGGUAGAAGUGUACUACCUCAACUUCACCGACAUUGCCAGCUAUGAGGUGAUGGUAGACUCCAACCCGUUCCUCCGCUGCACCUGCAGCAUCGAGACGGGACAGCGCAAGUUCAACACCUGCUACACGGCUGGGGUGAGCCUGCUCCGCGCCGGCCAGAGGAUCUCCAUACGCAUAGUGUAUGAGGACACCCUCAUCAGCAUGACCAACCACACCACCUUCCUGGGAAGUGUCAGACUUGGAGAGGCUCCAUCUGCUGGACAGAACUGAUAACUACACACAGCCAGCAGCCCUCUCUACAUGAAAAUACCCCCUGUCUUGCCCCUGUUUAGAGGAUACAUAAAUCCUCCAGGUUACUAAAGUUGAGGAAGCCCCCGGGUGACUUUUGUCACUUUCACAUUUCCGUAUCAAAAAGGGCAAUAUAGACUUUUACAUUCCCCCCCUCACGUUGAUUCUGUGCAAAGAGAUCAGCCUCGACGAGCCUCGCCAAACAAAAGUUUCUAUUUAUAGUCACCAUUUUGUGUCAACACAGACGGCAUCUCUCUUUAUAACAAGGAAGGACACUGCGCUGACAUAUACUUAAUAUUUACAUAUUUUUAAGUGCUGUUGAAUGAUAAUCUUGUAUCUCCAAAAACACCAGCUAUUCAAAAUGUUUUUAUUUACAGUUUGUAUACAUGGAUAUUUUAAUUGAUUUAAUGAUAUUAACAGUUAUUAGUAAGUGGUUUAACAAGCUCCAUAUGCCUCUGGGUUAUAAAAUGAUCAUAUACAUGUUCAAAGUAUAAAGAUAUCUAUGCAAAGCUGAGUAAAAUCCAUUACAACUGGAGUUAUAAGGUAUUCAGAGAGCAACAGCACUAUAUAUUUUGCACACAUUUGCACUACAGCAUCCCUGCAGAAUAUCAGCGAUAUGUUUUGUUACAGUGCUAUUGUUUAGUUACCGUAUGAAUGAAUCCAUGUGGAAAAAUGAUAGUUGUUUAUACGUCUCUGUACAUAUUGUAUAUAAAAAGGGAUAUACUUUUGUAAAUGGAGUUGAUUGAUGGAUUAAAAUGUUUCAUUUUCUGUCUAAACA